AUGGACAGGAACCUGCCCGUGAGAUUUGCGGACCCUGAUUUUUCAGCAGCCGGGCAGCACUGGAAGAAUGCGAGGAGCUAUGGCAGUGGGUGGGCCCUACUGUGCUGCGCCAUGGCCAGCAAGAGGCUCCUUGCCCUCGUGCUCUCCUUCUCCGCCCACCACCCCAUCGACCUGGUUUACAACGAGCUACACCCGCAGUGGAUCAAGAGCAUCGAAUUCUUCCUGCGCCACCCCCGCCUCAGGUCCCUCGCCCUCACCUUCACGGAUAUGGAGCAGCUCGAGAACCUUUGCUCGCCGCUCCGCCAGCCCUUCACCUCCCUCACCUCUCUCGGUCUCAAGCUGCGCGGUUGUGUCGAGAAAUCCGAAACGUUUGACGACCAUUUGAAGGAUUAUGAGGAUGAAGAGGAUGAGGAUUCCUGGGCACACUCCUUUGACUGCCCAGGCCUGCAGCGGCUGAAGCUCGGCCGGGGCAAGUGGUAUCUCCAGGGAGGCUGGGCUGAGCAGUACAAGUCGCUGCGCAGUUUGACCCUCAAACACGUGGAUUGGAGCUACGUGGAUCUUAAGAAUCUAGGCUCGGUCACAUGGCGGCUCACGGAGUUUGUUCUCUAUCAUAGCUGGAGUUUGGACGACCCAUCCUCCGGCCCCGGUGGCGGCGGCACAUUCUGUUUCGACUUAUCAAAGGCUCAAACCGUCCGCUUUUACUUCCCGCAUAGCAGCCUCACGCUCUCCCUCACUCUCUCUUGCUCGCUCACGACCUUCUCAGCCAUGGCAAAACUCGUCAACAAUGGAGGAGAGCAGCAGCAGGGCGUUCUAUGCGCCGGUGGUGACGCUGUUGAGGCGAUGAUGGCGCUGGAAGAGGGGCGGGAGUGGACGGGGGAGUAUCGGAUGCUGCUGGAUGGUGCUGGGGUGGGGGUGAAGGAAGAGGAGGAGCGGUGGGGAAAGGAGAAGCAGGGUCAGAGGAAGGAAAUGGGGAAGGUGGGGAUGACGCAAGGCAUUCGUCGCCACCCACUGUCCAUCUAUUCCCCUGACUCUCUGCUUGCUCUCCUUCCGCCCGUGCCUACUUGCGCGCGGCCCUGUCCCCUCCCCACUGACGCCAUGGGCGGUCCCGUGGACGGGCUAGGGCUCGGCGCGGAGGUCAACGGGGGCGCGGAGUCCGUCGCGGAUCUCCUCGCGCUCCCCCCCGACGCCCUUCCGCGUAGCGACCUUUUCUUCCGCCUAGCACGCGCGCAUUUCCGCGCUGCCGUCUCCGCCUCCGCGUGUGGCCCCGCCAACCCCGCGGACCCCGCAAGCUCCCCCGCGGGUGGCGCAAAUGACGCCGGGGGAGGCGGGGAUAGUAACGACAAUAGUAGCGACGAGGCGCUCGCUUUAGACGUCGUCCGAAACGCGAUUCAACCUUCAGAGCGGCCCGACCACGUUCCGUCUCUUAUUCUCGCGUCCGUGAUUUGCGCGCGGCGUGACACGUGGAGCGAAGAGGGCGUGCGGUACGGGGAACGCGCUGUCGAGCUCGCUGCCAGCAGCGGCCCGCAGCGCGCCAAGGUGCUCCACGCGCUGGGAGUUAAUCUCCUGCUACACUCGCGCAGGCACGAUAUUUCCGCGGCUCGGCGUGAGCUGAGUUUAAAGCGUGCCGUCGAGUCGCUGACCCAGGCGUCAGAAGAGGAUGCCACGUCAGCAGCUAUAAUGGUGGAUCUCGCGCUCGCGUUGGCCGAGCAGCGCCACGUCAGCGAGGCGCUGAAGGUCGCGAAGCGCGCGCUGAAAGCCGGCGGCGGACGGUGGCUGCUGACGUGGCAGCUGCUUGCGCUGCUGCUGACGUGUCAGCAGCGAUUCAAGGACGCUGAAGACAUGUGCCGCGUGGGGGAAGCCGCCAUGAAGAAAGCGGGGGGAGCGGGGGCCGCAGGGGGAGGGGGAACGGGGAGAGGGGGAGCGGAUGGGGGGGAGAAAGGGGAGGGCGCAAGGGCAGCGCUGCUGGUGCUGCAUGCUAAGGUGCACCUAGCGAGUGGGGAGCUAGGGGGAGAGGGGGGGGAUGGGGAAGGCGGAGGAGGGGCGGAUGGGAGUGGUGUGACUAUAGGCGGUGGUGGUGUGAGUGCAGGCGUUGGAGAGGCUGUGGAGAGCUUGAAGGCAGCCAUGGCGGCUGUGCAGUCCCGACAGAAGCGAGGCGACACGGUGAGAGCAGGGGCAGGGAGGGAGGGAAGGGGGGAGGGAAGGGGGGAGGGAAGGGGGGAGGGAAGGGGGGAGGGAAGGGGGGGAGGGAAGGGGGGAGGGAAGGGGGGAGGGAAGGGGGAAGGGAAGGGGGGAGGGAAGGGUUUGGAGAGGUUGUUUGUUGUUGGAGAGGCUGUGGAGAGCUUGAAGCAAGCCAUGGCUGCUGUGCAGUCAUGGCAGAGGCAAGGUGGCAUGGUGAGAGCAGGAGGAGGGAGGGAGGGAGGGAAGGAGGGAUUUAGGGAAGAGGUUGUGACUGAAGCAGUGGUGUGGCAGUGCCUGGCGGAGGCGUAUCUGGCCGGCGGGCGGGCGGCAGAUGCCGACCUCUGUGUUGCCAAGUGUCAGACGCUGGACCUGUACUCUGCUGACACGUGGAUGGUGGCGGGUAUGCUAGAAGAGGCGAGAGGCUGCCCCGAGGAGGCCCUGGCCUGCUACCGCAGCGCCUUGGCCAUCGACCAAUGGCACGCUGCCAGCAAGACACGGCUGGGAGCCCUGCUGCUGCAGAUGGGCGGGGAGUGGUUGCAUAUGGCGCAGGUGUACCUGAGGGAGGUGGUAUCUGGUGAUGGGUUUGAUGCACGUGCGUGGCAUGUGCUGGGAUUGGUGGAGAGAGGGAGGGGAGAUGUGGGUGCCGCUGCAGAGUGUUUCAAGCGAGCUAUGGAGGCGGAGGAAACGGCCCCUGCUGUGCCGUUUAAUACGCUUAGGCCGAUCCUGCCGCAGCUGCUUCUGUAA